AUGGCGCGGGAGAAUCGUAGUCGCGGUAGGAGAGAGGGUUCCUCUCGUGGAGGGGAAGGAGCUUCCCGUGGUGGUGCCGGCGCCUCUCGCGGAGGUGGUGAAGGUGUUUCUCGCGGUCAUGGCGAAGGUGCUCCCCGUUGGGGUGCUGUAGGCGGUUCCCGAGGAGUGGUUGAGGGUGUUCCUCGUGGGGUCGCCGAGGGCAGUUCUCGAGGAGGCGAUGAGGGUACUUCCCGUAGGUGUGGCGAGGGUUCGUCCCGUGGAGUUCCGAGUAGGGUUGGGCGACCCAUGGAUCCCGAGACACAUGAUGUGGAGGAUAUCGAAGUGUUGGAGAUAUCGCGUUCGCCACGGGGGCGGUUGCUCCUUGGUGAUAUGCCCAUUGACCAGCCCGGUCCGAGUAUGACAGAGGAGCAGAUCGCCGAGAUGAGGACCACGUGGGCGAUUCCGGACAAUAUCUUGUUGCGCCCUUUAAGGGAUGUGAAUAUGCCAAGCGAGGCCCCUAGCAAGAGUGACGCUCCGUACGCCGAUGUCGAUCCCGAUACUAUUAUUCAGGGGUUGUUACUAGAAUCGGAGACGGCGAGGCGAGUUAAUGUUGAGCUGCCGGACAAGGUACGCUUAACUGAUCAUCGGGUGAACAUGCUGUUGCCCGACGAGAUGUAUCUGAGGUUUCCCGAUACUGUUCUGGAGUAUCUCAACUAG